CUUGUGGAGAGGGCGGAGUCUGUGAGAUCUCGAUUUUUCGAACCUUAUGAUAUAGCUAUUUUAUUGACGGAAUUCUAUUUUAUUGAUGUCGAUAGUGAUAAGACGGAUAUCUUUGAUAUCCUCCAAGGUGCCAACAUGGAUGGUGUAAGUCAUCUGAAAGCUAAGGAUAAAUCACGGUAUAUCUGGUGUUUUAUAAUAGUCGUAUUCGUUUUAUUGGCUUUCGUCCAAAUCUAUUAUCAAUUGAAAUUAUAUUAUUCGGAACCUGUAGCAACAAAUAUCGAAGCUGCAUAUCCAUCAACUAUCGAUUUUCCUGCUGUAGCUGUUUGUAACAAUAAUCAAUUCAGGUUAACAUAUAUUACGGGUGCUAGGAUACUCAAUAGACGAACGAAACCAAAUCAGGGAUCACUGAAAUCCAUAUCAGGAAGGCCUAAGAAUAUUUUUGAAGAGGUUAUGGAAAAAGCUUGGGACAUGGAUGCUGUGCGAUUUCUUCGUAGUGCAGCUCAUUGGAAAUCACGAAUGAUCCUUGGCUGUACAUGGCCAAAUGGGACGAGUUGUCGUAUGAGCGAUUUUAAACCCGUUUGGACACUUUCUGGUCUCUGUUGGGCACUGAAUACUGAGCCGGAAAAUCCGCUCAAGGUCGUUGGAAGCGGUGUCGGUCAUGCUAUUCGCCUCCUGCUCAAUAUAGAAACAUAUGAGAGGAUAGACGCUUGUACAGCUCAUUUCAAGACACGGUCCAUUCCAGGUGUCAAAAUCCUAAUUUACAAUCAGAGCAGCGUUCCACUGACCACUCACAACGGAGUGAACAUCCCAAGUGGAUAUUCGAUGGAUGUUCGCUUUAGAAUGCAACACCACAAUCGUCUACCAGGUGAACAUUGUAUCACAGAGACACCUGAACAAAGAAGAGAAGCUGGAAACAAAUUCAAUUCUUCUCGUACUUGUGCCAUACGGAAAAUGCUGAGAUCAAUUGAAGAGGAAUGUGAUUGUUCUAUAGCACGUGCAUUCACCAAUGAACCCAUUGCUCAUCACAAGUCGUGCAAUGUGGACGAUUAUUUUGGAUGUGUACGUGGGGUAAUCGAAAAAUCGAUGGAACGAGGUUCUGAUGGCGAAUGCUUGCCCAAUUGUGAAAGUGUAGAUUACAUCGCGUGGCAGGACAUGAACAUACUACCACAACAUCUGAUGCCGGCUCUGAUCGAAGGGCAUGAGGAAGAUGACGAAGAAGAAGUUGAACAAGAUGACAUCGAAGAAGAUGUGAGCGACCGUUCUCUUGUAUGUUUGCUCUUUGCAAGAUCAGGUCGACUUCAGGUUCCUUACAUCAAACGUAAUGCUCACCGAGCGUACGAAAAACAAGCACGAUAUCAGGAAGACAUCUUUUUGAGGACGAAAAGGCGAAUCGUACGACUGAGGUCGGCUGUACGAAAUGUUUCGGAACACAAUUGGGGAUGGCAUGAGCACGACUUUGUCGGCGUUUACGACAGGCUUAUGGAGAAAGCACCAUGUUUUGCAGAAUUCAGUAUUCGUCAUGAAGCCAUUGCCGUAAUUAUGGACAACCGGCCACCUCCUAGUGAAGAAAAACGGGCAAAUCAAGUGUUUUUUUUGAUUGAUCCUCAAGCACAACGUAAGGAUCCAAGGAAGUUCAAAAGCAUUGGAGAAGUUAAACGAUACUAUGGUGAUCAAGUGGAAUCAGCUCUCAAGGAGAUACAAGAAAUUGGAGAAACGAUUGACAAAAUGUGGAGGCUUUUCUCACCAUCGACCUAUUCCAGUACGGUCAAUCCAGAAACAAGCCGUAUGGAUCGAAUCGUUGAAUUAAUGACACAGUAUGAGACCGGACGGUUGCAACGACGAGCGUGGGCUGAAAAAAUGCAGUCGAGACGGAUGCGCCAUUUUUUCGAGGACGAGUUUUCUGAUAGUUGGUAUCAACCGAUUAUCCAUGAUCUUGAACAUUCUCUUCACAAAGCGAUUAUUGAUUUGGAAAGAGACCAGUGGCCGAGAUUCAAGUCUUAUAUGGAAAAUGGAACUGCCAUCAGGACACUGAGUCUGCUGUUCUUCGACGACGUUACGCAAGAAAAUGAAAGAAGGCUGUCAAAAUUCGUUCACGAUAUGCACGAAUGUACCGUAGGAGACAUCAAAACAGUCACUCAUGAAAUGUUGAAGGAUUUUAAACGACUCUAUCGCGAACUACAGUCGUCAUACUCGAAUUUGUUCAAAAAAGAACUGCCAGAUUACCUGGAGAAUUUCGAAUUCGGUACAAAAUUUGUAAGAGAGAAUUUCGCUAUGGUAAAUGUAUUUCUUCAACAAAUGCAUUUGGAAUACUGGAGACAAAGCAAAACCUAUGGCUUUUGGAGUCUUGCCUGUGAGUUCAGUCUCUGUCUGGAAACGUCAUUUAGAAGUAACUUGACAAAUUGUUCUGAUCCUAGAGUUCAUACUGGCCGGGUAAUUUCGAUCCAAUCCAUCCAUGUAUCCUACCGCGCAUGGUACAGUUAUCCCUUGUGUUCCCUGUCCUCUCUAUCCACUUUCUAUGGAAGCAGCCAUUCGUUUAAGGGCACCGUUUACAAAAAAGCUAGGGUACCCUUUUUUGACGGGAACUACUCUAGAAUAAAGCGAUAA